CAUAUAUUUAGGCAAUAUGUCCUCGGCAGCGUUAUUAAAAUUCAAAAUUGCUUCUAUUUUGGCGUCCUCGACACAACGUUUUCAGCUCCAACGAUUUAGUACCGGCAAAGAAAGUGAUGUUGAUUCGAAAAAGGGCGAGCAGGACACAUCAAGAUCGACCACAUGUCCAAAAGACGCCAUUAAUAGAGAUUGCUUUGAAAGCGGCACAAAUGCUAGAUACAUGGAACAUCUUUUCUCAAAAUGGGUAAAGAACACAAAAUCAGUCGACAAGUCAUGGGACCGAUACUUCCGGGAAAUCCUUAACCACGAGAAGGUAUCAAUCGGUGAGGUUGUGGAUCUUAUAAAAGCCGCACGUCAAUCCAAGACUAGCGCUGAUGAGCCUGCCAAAUCGGUUGUGGAAAGUUCACCUGCACAAGAACAGACAAAACCGCAGAAUGAACAACAAGGAGACGACCAGAUUAGGUUUAACACAAAAGAACAAGUAAUCGAUAAGAAAAGAGGUGCCAUAGCUGAUAUGGUUGAUGUAUUUAAACCAACUGAGAACGCUUCCUUAGAAUACUCGAAGACCAUUGUAGAAAUACAGAAUAUUCAAUCAACAUCUAUUCCCAUUAUAAAGGACCCACCACAGGAGAACGCAUUUAUCGAAUCGGUUGAGUCUGCCACCCAAAUACCAAUGUAUCAAGAAAAUACUAGUCCAUUUCAUGUCCCGUUCUCACAAAUCAGUAAAGCUCAAACCGAUGAGGGAAAUGCUAAUAUCGAGAACGUAUUGGAAUGUUCACAGCAAAGUACGAUAGCACCGGCUAUUGAAAUAGGAAAUGACAUGGAGAACAUCACAAUUGUGGGAAACAAUUUAGGUCCUACACCCAUGACAAGCACUCAAGUUAUUCAAAUGUUAUCAGAAAAAGUGGAAGCAGUCUGCAAGACCGCGGCUUGCGACAAAACUUUACCUACAACUAAUCAAAAAAGUUAUUUUCAGCUGGUUGAGGAUGAAUCGCAGAAAAAUAUAGUCGCAACGUGCGAGAAUAGUAGCGGACCCAGCAGCGAUGAUGGAAAGGGCAUUAAUGCGCAUGUAAAUAAAUUUUUAGAAGAACCUAAAAAGGUUCAGAAAGCCGCAAAAACUUGGAACCCAUUAUCCGCGGAAACAGAUGAUAGUAGUUUCAAUAUAAACAAAUUUCUUAAGGACAAGGAACAAGAUCCCAAGGUGGCCAAAGAUGGUAGCACAUUUAAAGAAAAGCGCGGUGAUACCAAGGCACGACUAGACGCUGGUAAAAAAAAAAUAUUUGAAGAAGAAUUGGGUGGCUUGCAGCAACAAGUAAAACAAGUAGAUGCACCCAAGGAAGAGAAAAUGGAUGAGCCAAAAAACUGAGUUUUCUACUUAAUCACAAGUACAUUUUUGAGAAAAUCUUUGCCUGAUUGAAAUUAAAAUAAUGUCAGAAAAAAAAUUUAUUAUUUCAAGCCUUUUGAAUAAAUUAUUUUCGCUUUGCAUAUUAAUGAA